AUGGAUAAAUAAGAGGAGAAAUUGCAACAGGAGGAGAAGGAAGAAGUAGUUGAAGAAUAGGAUGAGAAAUAAGGAGAUUAACUAAGUAAGAACUAAAAGAGGAAUCAGAAAAAAAAGGAGAAGAAGAAAAAGUUAAAGGAAUAGAAUUAGGAGAUCAUUUAAUAAGUUGAGGAGGAGAUAAAGGCAAAGUUGAAUUUGACUGAGGCUGAACAGACAGAUCUUGAAAUAGCAUGGUGCAUUAAGCAAGUAAAAUUGGGAUUGACCUAAAAAUUGACCCCUGAAGAGAGUAAUAAAAUAUGAGAUUUUUUCAAUAGUAAAAAUAUCUAUGUCGAUGAUUGAAUUAUUGGAAAGCGAUUAAGUUCCACUUGUAAAGAAGAGGAUGGCAAUGAAAUCGAGUUUCGGAGACUAUAGAAAACUAAUGAAAUAAUAUAAAUGA